AAGCACAGGGAGCCUCUCCCGCCUUCCUCGCGGGAAGGCGGUUUCCGCCACGCGCCCGAGGAGCCCUCCGCGCCGCCGCCGCCGCCUCCGCUGCCUCCGGAGGAGUGGGAGCCCCGCCUCCCGCCAGGCAGCCCCCCGCAUGGACAUGGACAUGGACAUGGACCUCUCCUCCUCCCCUCCGCCGCCCGAGACCGAGCCCAGCGGCGCCCCCAGCAGGACCCCGCCGCCCCCAGCCCCAUCCUCCGCCUCCUCCUCCUCCUCCUUCCAGUUGCCUCAAGCGGCUCCUUCCCAGGCUUACCUGCCUCCCCCGCAGCCUUCCCAGGGGACCCAGCCUCCUCCCGAAGCGAAGGAGGCAAAGCAGGGCCCAGACCCCAGCGUCAGAGGGGAGCAGCACCAAAGCACCCCGGGAAUGACUCACCAGGAACAGCAGCACUAUUGGUAUCAACAGCAUCUGCUUACUCUGCAGCAGAGGGCAAAAGCACAUGCACUGGGACAACAGCUGCCAUCAGUUUUGGGAGCUGUAAAUGAUGCCCCUGAGCAAAGGCAAGAAGAAAGGGAAAUUCCCAUUUCUGAUGAACUUUCUGAACCUGCUUUGCCUUAUGAACCUAUAUUACCACAUCCCAAAAAUGAUGAUCCUCCUUUGUCAUCUGUUGAGGCAAAGUGCCCUCAGCUAACCAUUGAACCACCAGAGGAUCCUGAGGAACGUUUGAGAUUACAGCAGUUGCAAGCAGCAGCAACACAAUGGCAGCAGCAUCCACAACAGCGAGUGGGUUUCCAGUAUCAGAGAAUAAUGCAAAAGCAUGCACAGUUGCAACAAAUUCUGCAGCGCUACCAGCAGAUCAUACAGCAGCCACCACACUUGCCAACUUUGUCAGUGGAGAUACAAUUACAGCAUUAUGAGACUCAAAAUAAACAAUUCCAACCACUUUACAAAGAAUGGGAACGUGAAUUUCAGCAGUGGCAGGAUCAGCUUCAGACUUACCCACACAAAGACCAGCUUCAUGAAUGUGAGAACCAGUGGAUGAUGUGGCAGGGGCAGAUGAAAGCUACUCAUGCUCACCUUCAAGAAAAAGUGAAGUCACUUCGGAACAUGAACAGUCAAUAUGCUGGUGGUGGGACUCUGCCACUUCCGUUUUCUCCAUAUUCUCAAACAAUGCAGAGUAAUAUGCCCAUGGUGUCAUCUACUUUGUCCUCAACUGCACGCCCACUGUCAUCUACUGGAUUUUCGUCAGACCCGCAUACAUCUGAUAUACCUGUUCCAAAAGAUUCUGGCCCUCAGUGCACUCAGUCCACUGAAACAAGGCCAACCAUAUUUCCUGCAUCUGGUUCUUUCAAACCUAAAGUUACAGAUCCACUUCCUCCUCCUCAUCCCACAGACAUAAUGAGGCCAGCUCUGCUUCCUACUCCUACCUCUUCUUAUGCAUACAAAGCAGCUGAAUUACCUGCCAGUUCCCAUAACAUGGAGGUAUCUAGGCCAGCUCUCUUUCCUACUUCUAGUUCUUACAUGACUAAUGCUAAUGAGCCACUUCCCACAUCCCAGACAACAGAAGUGGCCAGGCCAGGUCUGCUUCCUACCCCUACCUCUACUUCUUUUACAUUUAAAGCAACUGAGACCCCUGUCAGCUCCCAGACCAUGGAGUCGACCAGACCAGCUCUGCUUCCUACCCCUACAUAUACUUAUAAAAAUACUGAUUCGUCUGUCACUUCACAGACCACUGAGACAAACAGACCAGCUCUGCUUCCUACCCCUACAUCUAUUUCAUUUUCAUUUAAAAUUUCUGAUUCAGUUGCCAACUCCCAGGCUACUGAAACAGCCAGACCAGCUCUUCUCCCUACUCCUUCCUCUGGUGCUUUUCCUUUUAAAAAUGCAGAUACAUCUGCUGGUUUGUCUUAUCGCUCAAAUGUAACAUCAUCUGCUAGCUCUUCAGACCAAGGGAGUUCUUACAUUCCUCUUGGCAAACACACAGUGCCAUUAGGUUCAUCUGACCCAACUUCUGUUGAAGUGAAGCCCCAUUCUGUAGCAUCAUCAUCUGCAUCUGUUACUAGUACUACUAAUACCACCACCACCACCACCACCACCUAUCAGAACAGACAAGUGAGAACAGCUGGGUUUUCUGAUUCUCCAAGAGGAGCAUACUAUGAAGGCCCAAGGGGCCCAAGGUUUGAUGGACCACAAGGAAGAGACUUUGAGAGAUUUGAAUCUCCAAGACAGAGAGGGCCUCAUUUUCAGGGCCAACGUUUAGAAGGUCCACGGACAAGGCUUCACAAUCAACAUAUGGAUGGAUCUUCAGGCAAACAGGGGACUAUCCCUCGAGGACCAGCAGCAGCAUUUUAUACUCCCUCGGGUGCACCACAAAUGCAGACUUCUCAAGCAAGUGGACCACGGUGGAGAGGACCUAGACCACCUCUGGGGCAACAGAAUCAUCAAGGAGAAAAUAAAGAAUCUAUUACUGAAAUGGGAAGUGGUCAGUCAGCAGCACAUAAAUCUAAAUUUACGCCAGAUACAAAAAUCCCUGGCCCAGGUCAACCUGAUAAGGACUUGUCUACAGCACAACAAAAUUUAUCCAGAAAAGAGGGUGAAGUAAUGUCAGAAGGGAAGAAGCAGAGUGCAGCUGAGUCUGAAUUGCAAUCAGAAGAAUCAAAAACAUCUGCUCAUACUUCAGCUGCCCUGCAUCAGCCACCAGUUUCCACACUUUCUCCAAAACCAGGAGGGAAGAAAACAUUAUUACCGUCACCACUAAUAGAAAAUAAAGAAUUGAAUUCUAUGGAAGAUAAACUGGCCCCAGAAAAUAAUCAGAACAAAGAACAGUCCAAAUUGGAGAACAGGGGGAGAGGGCAAAUUAAACCAGGAGAUAAUCAGGCAAAAGGACCAGUUGGCAGAGGCAGGGGCCAGGGUAGAAUGGAAGAUACUAGAGGUAGGGGACGAGGCCGAAGGGAAGAUGUCAGAGGAAGAGGAAUGCCAAAUAGAGGUAGAGGGCAGACUAGAGAUGUAUCAGGCAGAGAUGUAAGCAGUGGACUAGGAAACCAUGACAAACUGUCAGAGGGCAAUUGGGAAUCUGGGAUGGGAGGACAGUCCGGCAACCAGGAAAGGGCAUUGGGUAGGAGAUCAAGCAGCCAGGAGAGAGGGUUACCACCUCGGAUCGGCAACAGAGAGAGGGGCCGUGCAGGUAGUCGAGAAAGAGGCAUAGUUAGGCCCCCCAGCAGCCAGGACAGAGCACUGGAUCGACAGGUUGGGAGCAGGGAGAGGGGCCCAGUUCGUCGAGCUAAUAGCCGGGAAAGAGACCUAGGCAGGAGACCUGGUAGCCGAGAGAGAGACCUGGGAAGGAUGCCUAGUAGCCGGGAGAGGGAUCUGCACAGGCAUGAUGAAGAUAAUAUUGAAAAUUUACCUCAAUAUUGUGAAGAACCAACUAGGCCUCCAUGGACAUAUGGGGAUGUUGGGAUGGAAGAAGGACAUCCGUUUGAAUACAGAGAUGGUCCUCCCCUAGAGCGCAGGCGAUUGGAUGAGUGGGAUAGAGACAGAUACUGGCAUGAGCAUGACCAGCAGUAUCAUGAUGAUCCCUUUGAUCCAUAUGAGAGAGAUGACUUGUUACCACACCACCAUCCUUUGCCUCCACUUUCACCUCUGCCCCCUCUGCCUCCCUUACCUCCCUUGUCUGCUGAUCUUGAGAGACGAGAUCCAUUUUGGGAUGAUUGGGAAAGGCCUGUGGGUAGAGACAGGGAGAUAGACAGAGAUCUGGACUGGAUCAGAAGACCCUUGGAUGUGUAUGAUCGUGAGUUAGAAAGGGACUGGGAAAGAGAUUAUGUAAGACCAUUGGACAGAGGCACUUUGAGUCAUGAUCUGGACAUACCUCCUCUCCCACCACUUCCUCCCCUUCCUCCUUUAGACAGAUAUCAUGAGGAUCGAUGGCUGGAUGAAAGAGAGAGAGAUUUCUGUGACAGAGAUCCUAGAGACAGGGGAGAACUUAGAAUUCGAGAGUAUCCAGAAAGACAUGAUAUGUGGAGAGAACAGUCUGACUUCCCACCUGACAGAGGUGAUUGGGAGAGGGAAAGGUUUCCAGAUAGGUGGUACCAGAAUGAAAGGGAAAGAUACCCACCUUUAGAGGAUCACAUGGAACCACCACCACUGCCACCACGGUCUGAACUGUUGGGAGAAGAGCCAAAUGUAGCAGCUGAGCAGUCAUUAGGAGGAGUAAUGAUCCUUAGCCAAAGGCAGCAUGAAAUAAUCUUGAAGGCAGCCCAAGAGCUAAAAAUGCUACGAGAACAGAAAGAACAUAUGCACCACCUGACAGAAUAUGUUCCUGAGCCCCAAAUACCUGAGUUGCCACUACAGGAAAUGCCUAGAUCACAGAAUACAGCUAGUAGGAAGGAUAAUUUCCAGGCCCCUUCUGAAAUGCAGUCUGAGGUCCCAGUAGAGGAGCCACCUAUUCAGCCUACUCCAGCUGUAAUUAUAAAGCCACCAAUCAUGUUUCAAAAGCCUGCUCCAAGCCAGCCACCAACAACCAAGUCAGCUGCUCCAGUGGCAAAGACUUCUAUCCCAGCUAUUCUAGCUGCAAAUGCUCCUCAGGCAGCAUCAAAGGUUCCUGCUCCACCAACACAGCCAAAUGCUCCAAUUCCCAUUUCAUCUGCAGCACCCACACAUGUUGCAGCUCCUGUCGUAAAGUCAUCACCUGGCAUGAACCAAGAGCAUUGGGAUGAAGAUUCUUUCCAGGGACUUUGGGACAGCAGUGAAGAUAAAGGUUUUAAAUCAGAGUAUAACUCACCUACAUCAGAUCCCUCAUUGUCUUCAUCAGUAGUCCCAGCAUCCAUUGCUCCAGGCAUAGCACAUUUUUCCAAGCCACCACCAAUUAUUCAUCAGACAGUUGAUUAUGGACAUGGACACAGUCACGGACAAGAUAUUAGUACCAGUAAAGGUGGGCAGAUUCCUUAUGGGGAACGAAUAACUCUGCGUCCAGAACCUCUUCAUGAGAGGCAAUCCUUUUCAAAAGAACAUCCAAGCCAGCGGGAUCGAUACAUGAAGGAAAGAGAAAAUUACUUUGAUCGGCAAAAUAAUACCACUUCUGAUCACAGAGAUUUCAGGAGAGAGCGAGAUCCAUAUAGGGACCGUAUUUCUGGUGACCAUGAACGGGAAAGAUUUGACAAAGAACGCUAUCCACGAGAACGAGAAGACAGGCCAUCUCCUUCAAGAAUUCAGUCUUACCGUGACAAAGAUCAUUCAAACUCAAGGAGAGGAGGAUUUGAAAGGCAGCCAUAUGAGAGGAAACCUGAUCGUCCACCCUAUGAUCAUGGACCUUCCAUAUUUGGAGGUGACCGGAGAAAUUACCCUGAUGAUAGAAUGCCCAUGCCUACUCCUUCAAUACCUCGACAGCCACCACCCGCACCUCGUGUAGACAGAAAACCAGAAUCUAAAAAUGUGGAUGAUAUACUGAAACCACCUGGCCGGGAAAGUAGACCAGAGAGAAUUGUCAUUAUCAUGCGAGGAUUGCCAGGCAGUGGAAAGACUCAUGUUGCAAAGCUCAUCAGGGAUAAGGAAGUAGAAUGUGGAGGAGCGGCACCCCGAGUGCUUAGCUUGGAUGACUACUUUAUUACUGAAGUAGAAAAAGAAGAAAGAGACCCUGAUACAAAGAAAAGAAUAAAAAAGAAGAUGUUGGAGUAUGAAUAUGAAGCUGAUAUGGAAGAGGUCUAUCGUGCUAGCUUGUUCAAAACCUUCAAAAAGACUUUGGAUGAUGGAUUCUUUCCUUUUAUUAUUCUUGAUGCCAUCAAUGACAGAGUACGCCACUUUGAGCAGUUCUGGAGUGCUGCAAAAACGAAAGGAUUUGAGGUUUACUUGGCUGAAAUAACUGCUGACAACCAGACCUGUUGCAAGAGAAAUGUCCAUGGACGCAAGCUCAAGGAAAUUAAUAAGAUGGCUGACCAUUGGGAGGUAGCACCUCGUCAUAUGAUACGUUUAGAUAUUCGUUCUUUACUACAGGAUGCUGCUAUUGAAGAGGUGGAGAUGGAAGAUUUUGAUGCCAACAUUGAAGAUCAGAAAGAUGAAGAAAAAAAAGAUGCUGAAGAAGAAGAGAGUGAAUUGGGUUACAUUCCGAAAAGCAAAUGGGAGAUGGAUACCUCUGAAGCAAAACUAGACAAAUUGGAUGGAUUACGAACUGGUGCUAAGAGGAAGCGUGAUUGGGAGGCAAUUGCCAGCAGAAUGGAAGAUUAUCUCCAGCUUCCAGAUGAUUAUGAUACCCGUGCUUCAGAACCUGGAAAAAAGAGGGUGAGGUGGGCAGACCUUGAGGAGAAAAAAGAUGCAGACAGAAAGAGGGCUAUUGGCUUUGUUGUCGGACAAACUGAUUGGGAGAAAAUCACAGAUGAAAGUGGUCAUUUUGCUGAAAGAGCACUCAAUCGUACUAAAUACAUCUGAUGCAACUGUCAGAUGGAACUUUCUUCAUUUAAGACCAUUUGCUUUGGUGAGAACUGAACACAGGGUGGCAUGGAAAAAGUCAUUCUCCAUCUUGAGAGUUGUGUGAUUCUUUUUU